UUAUCUUUCCACAUCGUUCUUCUUCCGUCUUCAUUCUUUUUCUGCUUCAAGUUCGCGUUUUCACUUCCAAAUCAAAUUUUCCUGCGUUUUCUCCUAUCUUCAUUCUCUCCAAAAUCCAUUAACUAAUUUUCCCCUAUCGUUAAACAUCAACACUUAUCCUUCAUCGAAUUGCAUCUCUUCCAGAAAACCCUAUUCAACAAUUUCAAAACCCUAGCCCCUUCAAUGGCAUCAAAGAAGAAACAAUCGGAAGGAAUCGCUUUGUUAUCCAUGUACAACGACAACAGCGACGACGAUAUGGAAGACGCUGAAGAAGUGAAUCGCCAGGGGGAGCAAGAUGACGCCGCUGAACACGCGGCGGAGGAAGAUUUGACUGCCGAUACGUAUAGAAUGACCGUUACUGAUUCCGGAAACGAAGUUACCGGCGAGGGUUUUACUCCGAAUAGAUUGUUUUCUCCGGUGCAAGAGCAACAACGGGUGGAAUUGAAGAUUAGUAAGAGUGCCACGCUUACGAUAGUUGAUUAUGGUCAUGAUGAAGUAGCAAUGUCACCUGAACCUGAGGAGGGAGAGAUAGAUGGUAGUGGUAGAGUUAUGUUUGGGGACCAACAUCAUGUAACCAAUGGCGAUUUGCUAGAUAGAACAUCAUCAGGAACAGCACAAGUUUUGACACCUAACAAUCAAGCUAACACUCCCCAAUUUUCGGAGACAUUGAAAUCUGAUACCGUGAAUAAUGACGAUGUGAUUAGACCUGAUGAUGCAGAGCUUGGAGAAGCAGAUCAAGAUGAGCAUAAAUCUGAAGAUCCAUUGGAUAAAUUUCUUCCUCCUCCACCCAAAGAUAAAUGUUUAGAGGAGCUACAAAGAAAAAUAAAUAAAUUUCUGGAGUAUAAGAAGGCAGGAAAAAGUUUUAAUGCAGAAGUUCGCAACAGGAAGGACUACCGAAACCCUGACUUCUUACUGCAUGCUGUGAGGUACCAGGAUAUUGAUCAAAUAGGGUCUUGUUUCAGCAAAGAUGUAUUUGAUCCUCAUGGAUAUGAUUCAAGUGACUUUUAUGAUCAAAUAGAAGCUGAUAUGAGGCGAGAAAGUGAUAGGAAAGAGCAAGAGAAGAAGAAAGCACAGAACCAAAAGGUUGAUUUUACUUCUGGGGGUACACAACCAGGAAUUGUGCUUGGUGCUCCCAGGAUCAGCAUGCCUGUUGCAGGCGGUUCUGCUGCAACUACAGGUGGUUUACAUUUGGUGCCUCCUACAGCUGAUUCUAUUAAUCGAGAUGGUAGACAGAAUAAAAAAUCAAAAUGGGAUAAGGUGGAUGGUGAUCGGAAAAUUCCUCUGCCCUCUGUGGGGCAGGAUUCUGUAUCUACAGCAGGGGCUAAUGCAGCAGUGUUAUCUGCUACUAAUGCUGGCAGUGGAUACAUGCUAUUUGCGCAACAAAAACGACGAGAGGCAGAGGAGAGAAGGUCUAGUGAAAGGAGGUUGGAGAGAAGAUCCUGAGCCACAUUCAUUUUGGUCUGUUGUAUCGAACAGUGUUAUAAGCGGUGGUUGAGAUUUUGCUGCUUUACAUUCUUGCUUGUUUAUUAUUUUGGCAACGCUAAGAUACACUGUAUAUUCUCAAAAAUGAAAAGAAAUUUCCUGCUUCAGUUGGUCUGACCCUUUAUUACUGUGAGAGCAGGAUUUAUGAUUUAUAAGAAAUUCAUAUGAAAUAGUUGUUCACGCUGGUUGAUUGGUUGGGUUUCGUUUUGUCAUCCGUAUUACAAUAUCAUUGCUUGCAUAUUUUGUUAGUUUUUUAA